GCUGCGCCUGAUGCAGUGGCUUGUGGAUUCGAUCUCUCUCAGGUUACGCAGGAGUUAGAGAAAGACCAGUUUAAUGGAAUAUUUUCAGUAAACGCAAGAAAGCGAAAACUAGGUAAAACAUUCACUUCAUUUACAGAGAUUGUAUGUAGCCGAAUAUAACUCUUGGAGCCGUGGAAUAGCUGCGACAGAGACAGGGUUUGUGGCAUUCAUUGAAAAAGCAGACCUUUAGUAUGCAAUGCAGCCAUGACAGGCAAGAGUAAGACAGCUGUGAGGACGCUGGAGGAUUUAACGCUCGAUUCCGGUUAUGGUGGAGCCGCUGACUCCUUCAGGUCUUCCAGUGUGUCGCUGUGUUGCUCGGACACAAAUCUGUCAUAUGCGCAUGGGGGAAACUGCUGGCAUCUGACCGAAUCUAUGCACAGCCGACACAACAGCUUGGACACGGUCAACACCGUCCUGGCGGAGGACACGGAUAUAUUGGAGUUCUCCAGCCAAUGCGCCAAGCUUCCCGAGCUGGAGGACGUGCCAUGGAGCCUCAGCGAGGUGGAGUGUGCACUCAGGAAGAAAGAGGAGCUAUGUGUUGGGAGCCUGUCACAAGAGGUCCUGGCCAAGCUCUCAGCACUGGUCAGUCGGGCGUUGGUGAGGGUCGCCCGGGAGGCUCAGCGCCUCAGUCUGCGCUAUGCCAAGUGCACCAAGCACGAGAUCCAAAGCGCCAUCAAGAUGGUUCUCUCCUGGACCAUCUCUGUCAACUGCAUCACCGCAGCACUCGGUGCACUUUCGCUCUACAAUAUGAGCACUAGGGAUAAAUUCUACCGGGGCAAGUCAGCGCGGUGCGGGCUCGUCUUUUCUGUAGGACAUUUUUUCAAGUGGAUGGUUGAGAAUCGAGUGGCACUCCGGGUCCAUGAGCACGCGGCUAUAUACUUCACUGCCUGUGUGGAAAGCCUGUUCCUUGAGGUAUUCAGCCGAGUGCAGCGGAGCGCGCUCAUCGAGAAUGACAACGGUACCUCCACAUUUAUGCUCGAGUCCCUAGAGCAGGCCAUCAACAAUGACUCAGAGAUCUGGGGUCUGCUGCAGCCCAACCAGCACCUCAUAUGUGGGAAGAAUGCAACUGGUGUGCUGAGCUUGCCGGACAAUCUGACCCUGCACCGGAACCAGCAGGGCUCUGGGAAGGGUGGCAAGGGCAAUGCCAACAAUCAGGCCGAACUCCGCAACCUGGAACAGUCCCUACUAGCUACCCGUGUGGGAAGCAUCGCAGAGCUCAGUGAUUUGGUGUCACGGGCCAUGCACCAUCUCCAGCCAUUGUGCCUUAAGAACCCUAGCAACGGCAUGCCAGUUCACCAGAAGAGUGGCACGGUGCACUGGGAGCCUGAGGCACUCUACACUCUCUGCUACUUCAUGCAAUGUCCCCAGAUAGAGUGGGAGAACCCCAACUUGGAGCCCUCCAAAGUCACCCUGCAGAUCGAGAGUGAAACGCAACAUGGAUCUCCCUCCUGCCCCCCUCCCGCUGCCACUACCCUAUGUACCACCAGUACAGUUAGACAUGAGCAGGUCUGAUGAGCUACCAGAGUGGUCACAGUCACCAGGAGAGGGCGCCAGUCAACCACCCACCUCAACAACAUGGUACCAGGAAGAACGGCCUCCACCAUCUGACGCAGCUGCAGAAUGGGAGAAACUGCUUGAAGCACUGCUAAUAAAGUAAAAGGCACCGCCUUAAGGGGAAGACCAUAUAUGUAGCGUCCUGAACGUCCUGAAAGUGUAUUUCGGAAAUAUCGUUUAGAGUGUGUGUAUGGGAAAUGUGUUUUUUCACAAGGUGGAAAUUGUCCUUUGCCAUUUUCUUCUUUGUGACAUUUCUAAUGUCUUGCUGCGGUUAGAGGAUGCCUAUGAGGCACAGUAGUGCAGAAACCACAAGUGGGACUUGAGUGGUGACCAAAAGGUAUAUAAAGAGAAAUUUGCCAUUACUUUGGCGCUGACUUCCUGAAUUCUGAAUUCAUUUAGACAACCAUUUGACUUCGGGUAAUUGCCACCUGACUCAAAUUACUUAAAGAUUCUAACUUGCUGGAUACCAGGGUAAAAGUCUGUUUACCUAUCGACCAGUUGACCCUGUGUGCAGCAUACGUUUGGACCGAGUGUACCGUUGUGACAAAGUCUUAAUUGACCGAGGAACACUGUAGCACUGGCCGGGUUGCUUGCCCCAGACACUGCGGUAGAUCAACGGCAGAAUUACCACCUGCUGAGAACGGUUGGAAAAUUGUUUGAAUCGACUCUGUCUCCGACUGACCCAGUGACACGUGUACUGUUGUAACACAGUGCCUUGCCCUGGAAUCGCGGUUGCGGGUUAUUUGACAAUACUAUCCAACCUGAGGGCAGGUUAGAGUACUCAGUCUAACUUGAAUCUCGAAAUUUAGUUGAACCAACGAUUCCUCAUAGGAGAGAUCGAUACAUAAACUAAAUUCUCAGAACUCUGACCGAUUGAAACACCACUCCUGAUCUCGUGGGUCUCCCUGUCAUCUUUUAAAGGUAAUUAAGUUGAAGUAUUAUAUUUUAUUAUAGAUAAGUGUUAUCAUUGUACCAGGCAUUUUAUAGAGCAUUAAGGCAUUUGCAUGUUUUUGAUUAACGCUGUGUGUGACCGAGUAACAAUCGUGUAUUUUGAAGUGUGUUUGAUUGUAAAAGACAAAAAAACAGAGUGUUUUCAAAAAUAAACGGUAGUCUUAUUUUGUCUUGAGCAAAAGGUUCUCUCAAAGACAGUUAACUGCACGGGAGAUAACAACUCUGACACUCCCCGCUACCGGGACACUGGAAACGGAGAUCAGUGCUCUAUGACAGAAUGAGUUACUAUUAAAAGACAAA